AUGUCAACCAAAAGCAUCAGGCAGCGCCAGCCCCCCGCCAUAGUGCCCGUAAUCGAGAAGCUGAAAGCGCAGCGGGCCAAGACACCAUCAGGGCCAAAACUCCCCGACCCCACGCAGCAUCCGGCCGGAGAAGUCAAGCAUGGAGUCUUCGCACAGGCUAUGCGCAUGUGUCUCUUUGCAGCGUACUUCAACGGCAGCAUCAUAGCGUUACAUCGCCGUCACACAAUAUAUUGGCCUCCGCUGUACUUCUACAGCAAAGAUCUCUUCUACGCGUGGAUGGCCAUGACAAAGCAGCACUUCAGCAUAGUCGUCACCACCAUGACAUAUUGGUGGGCACCCGUCACGAUGCGCGUCAGCGGAGACGAGAGCGUGAGAGGACAGAUGAGGAAGAAUAAAGAUGGAAUGAUGGAAUGCGACUUUCCAGAGAGAAUGGUACUCAUCUCGAACCACCAGAUCUACACCGACUGGGUCUACCUCUGGUGGAUCGGAUACAGUGCUUCGAUGCAUGGCCACCUCUACAUUAUCCUCAAGGAGUCGCUCAAAUACAUUCCCAUCCUCGGCUGGGGCAUGAUGCUCUACGGCUUCAUCUUCCUAUCUCGCAAGUGGUCGACGGACAAGGAGCGCUUCCAACAUAGGUUGAGGAAGCUGAGCAGGAGUACCAAUGGCCCACUAUCGGGCUCCAAGGGCCUCGACCCAAUGUGGCUGCUCAUCUUCCCUGAAGGCACAAAUCUCAGUAAGAACGGUCGCGUUUCCAGCAAGAAGUGGGCGGAGAAGAACCAGAUUGAAGAUCUGAGACAUGCGCUGCUGCCGCGAAGCACAGGUUUGUCUUUUUGUCUGCAAGAGUUGCAGGGCUCUGUCGACUACUUGUAUGACUGCACAAUGGCAUACGAAGGCGUCCCUGUCGGUCAGUAUGGCCAAGAUCUCUUUACACUCUACAGUACCUACUUUGAGGGCCGACCUCCAAAGUCUGUAAACAUGUACUGGCGCCGCUUCGCCAUCGCCGAUAUACCCCUCCACGAUGAAAAGAUCUUUAGCGACUGGCUCCUUGCCCGUUGGCGCGAGAAGGACGAUCUACUCCAAUACUUUGUCGAGAACCAGCGAUUCCCGGCAGACGAAGGCGAGACACCCAACGUCAAUGGUGGACCCCCACUAAAGGGCGCGGGAUGGAUCGAGACAGAUGUCCGACCAAAGCUGUGGUAUGAGUGGCUACAGAUCUUCGUUCCGACUGCUGCACUGGCGCUUAUCGUCAAUGUAUUCAUAAAGAUUGCGAACAUUGUGACGAGGGUGACGGGGAUGAAGUCAUGA